AUGUGGAAUGUGUGGCGUACCGUGCUGGAGGAGAAUGAGAAGCUGGCACGCGCCCGUCUCGCCGCUGUUGAGGUGUUCCAACAGCAAAUAGCUGAUGAGGCCAAGUGUUUGAGACAGCAUAAACUCAACGUCGCUAAGAAGUGCACAGAUUCCUUGGCGCAAGCUCACAAGGAACUUCAGCUGACUGUUGUGGAUGUUGACAAAACGAAGAAGUUGUACUUCGAUGAGGAGCACACUGCUCAUGAUGUUCGGGACAAGGCCAAAGACAUUGAAGAGAAGCUUAAGAAAAAAGAAGGGCUUCCUUCUUCCAAUCCCAUUACAGUCACUGCAGAAGAACAGCGCGAAGGUGUCCUCCACCCGUCGCGAUCAACUCGAAGAGAAAGUCUAACCGGAGCCAGGAACGACUACCUUCUAAGUAUUGCGGCGGCAAAUGCCCAUCAGGUGCGUAAAAAAACAGCAACUUUCCAUGAAAUGUACAAUCUCAAAAGAGAGGAUACUUUCCUGAAAAAAACCGUUACUUCCUGGUGGAAUUGCAAACAUGCAUGCAAUCCAUGGAGUCAUCUGUUUACGGAGAAGGUAUCGGAGUUCCUUACUUUGAUGGGGGCGUACGGAACUGCUGACAUGUUCAGCUACCCAGCAUUCUUUCGGCAAGAUCCGCGAUCAAGCCCAACAGCUCACGAGGGAGUACAACCUGCAGUGGUGUUUAUCCUCUACUAUCCAGUGCUCAAACAAGCACAUUCAGCCUUUGCCUGUCAAGCAGUGCUUCAGCAGGAAGUUGGCAAACCAGUGACCACAGAAGAGGCCUUGGAAGCUUUAAAAGAAACGAUUUGUGACACUACAAACUAG